GGAGAGGGAACGAGGGAGAGAGAGAGAGAGAGAGAAAGAGAGAGAGAGAGAGAGAGAGCAAGGGAGAGAGAGAGAGAGAGAGCCCUUCCAGCGUUCCGCCACCAUUAUUCAAAAAGUCAAAUCUUACUCCAGCGCAACCUGCCACGACGCCCCUCCACUGUCCAGAGGGGGGGUUGUGGGGGUGCUUGAGGGUGCUUUUUAAUUUUUUUCCAAAAAUAUAUAUAUAUUGUUUAAGAAUCAGGACGAACAAACUCUGGCUUUGACGAACUCGGAUAACUCGGCCGCGUUGUUUUGCCCCUGCUUUUUUUUAAACGUGCAGAUUUUCUUGAAGCUUUAAGGUAAUAGACCCGGGAGCUCCAGUCUUCCUUCCGAGGACUUCUCCGCCCGCCAGUCUCCUGAAGAAAAGCCAGAAGGCGGGAGAGGAGGAUCCGGUCCCCUCUUCCCAUCCCCACCCCGGAAUUUUGGCCAUCUUUCCUCCACCCAGCCCCAACUUUAGCAUGAUGUCUUAUCUUAAGCAACCACCUUACGCUGUCAACGGGCUGAGCCUCACCACCUCCGGGAUGGAUCUUCUGCAUCCGUCCGUCGGGUACCCAGCCACCCCUCGGAAGCAGCGGAGGGAGCGCACCACUUUCACCCGGGCGCAGCUGGACGUCCUGGAGGCCCUCUUCGCCAAGACCCGCUACCCGGACAUCUUCAUGCGAGAGGAGGUUGCGCUCAAAAUCAAUCUCCCCGAGUCCAGAGUCCAGGUGUGGUUCAAAAACCGGCGCGCCAAGUGUCGCCAACAGCAGCAGCAGCAGCAGAAUGGGGGCCAGAACAAAGUGAGGCCCGCGAAGAAGAAGAGCUCUCCAGCCCGAGAAGUGAGUUCAGAGAGUGGGACCAGUGGGCAGUUUACGCCUCCAACCAGCACCUCAGUCCCUACCAUCUCCAGCAGCAGUGCCCCAGUGUCCAUCUGGAGCCCUGCCUCCAUCUCCCCACUCUCUGACCCCCUGUCCACCUCUUCUUCAUGCAUGCAGAGGUCUUACCCUAUGACCUACACUCAGGCUUCUGGCUACAGCCAAGGGUACGCUGGCUCAACCUCCUAUUUUGGAGGGAUGGACUGUGGAUCUUAUCUAACCCCUAUGCACCACCAGCUCCCCGGACCAGGGGCUGCCCUUAGCCCCAUGGGCACCAAUGCCGUUGCCAGCCAUCUCAACCAGUCUCCGGCUUCACUCUCCACCCAGGGCUAUGGGGCUUCAAGUUUGGGGUUUAACUCGACCACCGAUUGCUUGGAUUAUAAGGACCAAACGGCCUCCUGGAAGCUAAACUUCAAUGCUGACUGCUUGGAUUAUAAAGACCAGACGUCCUCCUGGAAGUUCCAGGUUUUGUGAAGACCUGUUAGGAACCCUUUUGCGCUCGAUGGUGACGGUUGAUAACAAUAAGGAUCGUGAAGAUGUUGUCGGGACAGACGAGACAGUGCCCAUGGCAGGUCGAACAUUCCAACUUGUAGUCAGGUCUUUUGGUUUUAAAUUAAAAGAGAAACGCGAGCAGGACGCAAGUAAAUAAACAACUGAAAAGACAAGAAAGACAGUGUGCCGUGAUCUAUUCUGCUGAUUUAAUCUCUCGCUCAGAAGCUCUGGAAAGGAAGAGAAGAAGGAAGGACACCUUAUGGGGACAGACUCACAGCCCACUAUGUUCUUCAUAGUUUUAGCCUAUUUGUUGAGUUCCUUUGUCUGAAUGGGAUGGGAGAUCUUUCCAACUAUGGGCCAAGUUUUCCGUGGGGUGGGCUGGGUUGGUUGUGUGUGUGUGUGUGGUUUGUUUUUUUAAAGGAAAAUGUCUAGAUUUUUUUCUUUUUUCUUUCUUUUUUUGUGUGUAUGGGGAAGAAAACACACCCCUUCCUCUCUCCUCCUCCCCAGUUUGUCAUCCAACCCUUUGGUUCAAAACAUUUUUAAAAAACAACAACAAAAAAAGGACAAUGUCUAUAUCUCUCUCUCUCUUGAGCUCCUUUAAUUGCUUCCGAGCCAGCGUUUGGCAAAGUUGGCCACAGGAGAAUCCAGGAAACAACACAAAGAAAGAACUCGGUUCAGAGCAAUGUGGGGUUGUGAGUCUGAUUGUCUUAGCUGCACUACUUUAUUUAAGAGGGGGGAAAAAUAAGAAUAAUGUCCAUAAGGAGUCAAUAUGUAGUUUUUAAGAGACAAUCAGUGUGUGUCUUAUAUAAAUGGUACAUAUGUGGUUUUUAAUCUGUGCUAGACUUUAAAACUGUGAUCUCCUGUAUUGUAUGCAACCAUAGACCCCGUGCCAGCAGGGGGUUCUGCUGUGAUUUUAAAUAGGUUAUAAUUAACAGUGAAAUUUGAGCAAGUGAAUUACAUAUGACCACUUCUCUUUCUCUCUCUUUUCUUUCUUUCUUCCUUUCUCUCUCUCUUUUUUAAAAAAAUUGCCUUUCACCAGAGGUAAACUGCACUGAAAAAAAACAAAACAAAAACCUUUUUACAACAAACUGUCUCUGAAUGAAAGAAUGAACCACGAGAUUUGGAAAACAAACCCUGUCAAUAGAUCAAAAAUACACAAGGACUUUUAAAAUUCAUCUGCUUAACAAUAGCUUACUGUUGGGGGAGGGGGUAAGGAGACAAAUAUUUAAGACAUUGGUCAAUUGCUCUGACCUUGAAUUUCCAAAAAGAGAAAUUCAUUGUUGUUUUUAAUGCUUGCAGAUGUGCAAUUGAAAAAAAAAGAGAAAUAUAUGCAUAAACCUUUUCUUUUCUGGAUUUGGCAGAUAUGUAUAAUUAUAUUAAAAUGGUUCUAGCACAAGCAA